AUGGGGGUAAGCCACAGGGCCGAACUCGUUUUCCUCCGAAAGGAACCGCGCUAUCAACACGAAAAGCCAUACCUUGUGCUCUUGCCGGAAGGAGCAGCCGUUGACCCCUCGACCCCUCUUCACAACCUCGAGUUUGAGGAGAAGGAGGUGCAGGUGCUCGACAUCAGAGAUUGCAAGGACGCCUACCAUCUGGAGGAAUGCGGGUUUGAGUACAAGUCCCACGCAACUCAAGUUCGGGGUAUCUUUGGAGACGAGCCGACCAUCCAAGACGUGGCUGCCUACAAGAGGGAGACGGAGGAAUUCCUUUUGAAAGCCUUCGGUGCUGCAAAAGUGGUCUGCUAUGACCUCCGGCUCAGGGAGAAAAAGACGUUUGCCCGCGAAGUGUUUGACAUUAACGACCCUUUGCUCGUGGAGGGACCAGCACUUGGCGCACAUACAGAUAUCACGGCCCGCUCGGGGCCCGAGAUGAUUCGGUAUCGCCUCAGCCCGGAGGUUAUUGACAAGUAUCGCACCCCAGACUCUUCUAAGACGCUGCAGCACUUGGAGGCCUCGGAACGAAAACGUGCCGGUGAGGUGUACUACAUCCAUCACAACGAAAACCAGAAAUGGGUACAGGCCAUUGACUCCCGUUCAGACGGCCAAGGGCCACUUGGCUAA